UCCUGGAAAACGAACGAACGUGCCGUUUCCAAUAUAAGCGAUGACAACGCAGAAGCAAUGCAGAAGGUGUUGUUCUUAGCGAUACCGCAAUCAGACCUAACACAGCCGAGGGAACGGUAACAUCUCAGCGCCCGUAUCUCAGACUACAUCACAGCGGGGGGCGGACAUCAAACGGACUUAAAAGCAGACGGUUCUCCAUCGUCAGACGUCACCGGGCUCCAAAAUUAGAUUCCCGUCCUCGUGGCUUUUCGACGGGCGGAUCCAGCUACCCCGCCGGCUUCACGCUAGACGGUGCAAAUCCAACGAAAAAUAAAUAAAGAAGAAGAUAAAUUAAAGCUGUGCGCCCGGUUUUGGCCGGCGGGCAUGGUUUUGGAGGGCAGCACGGAGGCCCUGUGUCCCCCCUCGUCUCUGGAGCUGCGCCCCUCUUGCAACAAGAGCCAGCACUCCUCCCCAGUGGGGCCGGGGUCCCAGCCCCAGGACAGCCUCUGCCCGGGGGAGAAGGAGCCGGUGGUGUACGGGGAGCUGAUCGUGUUGGGGUACAACGGCUCGCUGGCCAAUGGGGACAAAGGCCGGAGGAGGAGCCGUCUGGCCCUACAUCGGAGGACGAAAGCCAACGGGGUCAAGCCUGAUGUCAUCCACAACAUCUCAACCCCCCUGGUGUCAAAGGCGCUUAGCAACAAAAGCCAGCACAGCAUCUCGUACACCCUGUCCAGGAGUCACUCGGUUAUUGUGGAGUACACACAUGAUACCAAUACAGACAUGUUCCAGAUCGGCCGCUCCACGGAGAGCAUGAUUGACUUCGUGGUGACGGACACGUCGCCCAGCGCGCAGAGCCACGGGGGCGGGGGGGAGGGGGGGCAGUCGGCCCAGAGCACCAUCUCCCGCUACGCCUGCCGCAUCCUGUGUGAGCGCGCGCCCCCCUACACCGCCCGCAUCUACGCCGCAGGGUUCGACUCCUCCAAGAACAUCUUCCUGGGGGAGCGGGCGGCCAAAUGGCGGACCUCUGACGGUUUGAUGGACGGGCUGACCACCAAUGGGGUGCUGGUGAUGCACCCGGCGGGAGAGUUUGUGUCGGAGCCGGCCCCGGGUCUGUGGCGGGAGAUUUCGGUGUGCGGGAACGUCUACGCCCUCCGGGAGACGCGCUCCGCCCAGCAGAGGGGGAAGCUGGUGGAGAACGAGUCCAACGCGCUGCAGGACGGCUCUCUGAUCGACCUGUGCGGGGCCACGCUGCUGUGGCGGACCCCCGGGGGCCUGCGGCGCACGCCCACGCUGAAGCAGCUGGAGUCCCUGCGGCAGGAGCUGAACGCGGCGCGGCCGCAGUGCCCCGUGGGCUUCAACACGCUGGCCUUCCCCGCGCUCGCCCAGCGUCAGACCGUGGACAAGAAGCAGCCCUGGGUCUACGUCAACUGCGGCCACGUGCACGGCUACCACAACUGGGGCUUCCGGCGGGAGAGGGGCCCCGGCACGGCCCCGGCCUCCGGCGGGGACAGGGAGUGCCCCAUGUGCAGACGGGUGGGGCCCUACGUGCCCCUGUGGAUGGGCUGCGAGGGAGGGCUGUACCUGGACUCCGGACCCCCCACCCACGCCUUCUGCCCCUGCGGCCACGUCUGCUCCGAAAGGACAGUGCGGGGGUGGAGCCAGAUCCCCCUGCCCCACGGGACGCACGCCUUCCACGCGGCCUGCCCCUUCUGCGGCACCUGGCUGAGCGGGGAGCAGGGCUACAUCAAGCUCAUCUUCCAGGGCCCGCUGGACUGAGGGGGGCGGAGGGGCGUGUGUGUGUGUGUG